CUUUGACAUGUUCACGUAUUCACGUAGCGGCAGUAGAAAGAGGAUGAUGUUUUUCUUUAAUUUAAUGUAAUAAAUAAGCUCUGCUGCUCUUCCUUCCUCUGGGGAAAAGUGCGUGUAAGUGGGUGUGUCGAGUGAGUUUAAACUUUAUGAUGAGUUAAAGUUUGAUAAUGGCCGUGUGGACCCGCGCGGAGAAACAGGGUCACCUGGACCUGCUGUUGAGCGACCGCUGGGUUCGGGUCUCCGCCGAACUCACCCGGGACACUCUCACACUAACGGUUGAGAGCGAAACGAGCGGGCCCGCGGUCUAUCCGGAGCACAACUCACACUUGAGAAACGGCCUUUCCAAUGGCAAUGAACAGAACCGAGAGCCUUAUCAGAGCCCGAGUCGGGUCAACGGGACCGGCUCAGACUCGGAAUCCAGCGUUUACUGUGACCCGGUGGGACCGGAGGGCGUGCGGAGGGUUCGGAUAGUCAAACAGGAGUCCGGUGGGCUUGGGAUCAGUAUUAAAGGCGGACGGGAGAACCGCAUGCCCAUCCUCAUCUCGAAGAUCUUCCCCGGUUUAGCAGCCGAUCAGAGUCGAGCUCUGCGCGUCGGCGACGCGAUCCUGUCCGUCAACGGCAGUGACCUCCGCGACGCCACGCACGACGCGGCGGUGCAGGCGCUGAAGAAGGCCGGGAAGGAGGUGACGCUGGAGGUGAAGUACAUCAGGGAGGUGUCUCCUCUCUUUAAGAAGUCCUCCAUGAGUGCAGAGCUGUCGUGGGAUGGCCGUCUUCAGUCUCCAAAUGUCAGCUGCAGCAGCGACGAGUCGCCCAAGAGCUGCGCGGCCCGUGACAGGAAGAUCAUCCCUCUGAAAAUGAGCUUCAUCAGCCGCAACCUAACUAUGCCAGACCUUGAGAACAGGUUGUUGGAGCUUCACUCUCCCGAUGGUCAGCACACUGUGGUGUUGAGGUGCAGAGACGGAUCGAACGCUCACUCCUGGUUCACAGCCAUUCACACCAACAUCAUCGCCCUGCUGCCUCAAACACUCAGCCACAUCAACACCUACCUGAACAACACCAACACACACUGCACGCUCAAACACAUCGGCUGGCUGGCUGAGCAGCUGGAGUUGGACGGCGGGCGACAUCAAUACAGACGUGUUGUCAUGGCGCUAACAGAGAAAGACAUCCUGCUCUUCCUGUCAGUGCCGUGGAUGUAUGAGAGUUGGACAGCCCCUCUCCUCACACAUCCCAUACUUGCUACACGGUUGGUUCACUCGGGCAGCAUCAACAGCUCCCUGGCUCUCGGUGGGGAUCUGGUAUUCGCCACACGUACAGGCACAGGUCGAGGAAUCGAGUCUCACAUGUUUCGCGUGGAAACGCACUGGGAUCUUUCUACAUGGACACGAGCGCUGGUGCAGGGAGGACAUUCAGCCGCAGAGCUCAUCAAAGAAGUUUCCAUAGGCUGUGUGUUAAACAGACAGGAAGUGCGUCUGGUCCUGCAUUACGACAGAGGUUUCACUGUCACUCGGGAGUCUGGUGAAUCAGUGCUCUUUCACCUCCCAUACGAGCGGCUUAAGAUGUCUGCAGAUGAUGGAGUCAGAAACCUCUACCUGGACUUUGGUGCUCCAGAGGGCAAGAUGGUGUUUGAGCUUCACUCUGGGCCAAAGCCGGUGGUGUUUGUGCUUCAUUCAUUUCUUUCUGCCAAACUGGCACGUUUGGGACUGCUAACGUAAAACCGAAAGAAAAUAAUGCCAGUUAUAUUACUUUACUCGAGCAGUAUUUUCAUAGUUCUGCUUCUUUGUUAGCUGAGUAGUCAAACACAUUGCUGAAUGAUUAUGUGUGCGUGUGCAUGUGCUUGCCUGCGGUUGUGUGUGUUUGUAUGUGUGCGGGUGUGUUGCAUUUCUAAUGCACGAUGCAUUCCCAUUUUCCUCAGAUCAAGUGCCUUCUCAUCUAGUUAAUGAGCUUUUACAAAAUAAAUUCAGGCUUUAAGGUCACAGCAAAGCUUUGCAGGAUAACCCAAAUCAAACUAUUAUUCUUGUAUUAUCUUUUAUGCUUGUUUUACAUGUAAUUCACCUGUGUGUGUGUGUGUGUGUGUGUGUGUGUGUGUGUGUGUGUGUGUGUGUGUGUGUGUGUGUGUGUGUGUGUGUGUGUGUGUACAUACACCUGUAUGUUUUUAUGCAUUGCAUGGUAAAGACUGUUAUGUCUAAAAGUAUGUUUUAUAAAUGUAAUACAACUUUAUGAAUAUGCAUCAUUGUAAUGUACACCUGCUGUUUAUGCAGAUAUGCAGCUUUAAUGAUAUUCCUUCAUGACUGACCAAAAUUUGUAACCUCUUUAAACAUUCUACUUAAUAAGGUUUUUUUUUUUUAAUAGGAAUGAUUCAUUUCUCAGUGUAUUUAGAAAUAAUGUAUUUUAUAUCUGUUACUAGACUUCAUAAGUGUUUGGCUCAUUUAUGACCAAACUGGCACCAGGCCUUGAGUUAAUUCAUUGUUCAUUAAAGGUGCACUCCAUGAAGGCCUUUAUGUUUGUUGCCACUUGGAGGCAUAAAUACAGCAUUAUGCAAAAACAUAAGUUCUCUGUUACUGACGUCAUUGUAGAAGUGUACAGGGCCCCCUAGAGGACAGGGAUGGAAUUUAUUUCAGAAAUCGUUUUUGUUCCCUCACAAAAAGUUGUAUUUUCCUUCAAAAUUCCCUCGCAAUAGUUUUGCGUUGCUCGCAAUAGCAAUUUGCACUCCUGUAUGAAAUAGUUUGUUCCCUCGCAAAAUGUUGCAUUCCCUUGGCAGCACUCAUGAAUUUGCACACAGCACCACAUAUAGAAUAAAGCAUCUUUUCUGUAAGACUUAAAUGACUGGAGUUUCCAUCUCAUUUUAAACAUAUUUUGUAAAAAAAAAAAAAACACUAAUCUACCAUUUGAUUUCAUUCUGUUUAAAAGUUGAGCAAUUGGCAAACAAAAUUGAUGAGUGCACCUUCAAUGUAUAGCUUGCGCUUUAGAUGAGCAUUCAGCCUGUACUAGCACUGAUAUCUAGUCUUUUGAGAGAAAUUCACUGGCUUGAGUUAAAUAUACAGCAAUUAUAGCAUCAUUAUAAAUCCUUUAUUAAGAUUAUGGCAUUUUAUUUAAUGCAUGCAAUGCUGAUACAAUCCUUUGAAAAAAUUUUACAAAGUUUGGGCAAGAUUUCUCUUAUAGUAGCCCAUCACAUCAUCAUCAGGUUAUAGUUAUUAAUGUUUUGAAAGAAGUUAUUUCUGUUAGGUGUAUCUUCCUCCCUCCCUCUUAAAGUGUCUGGGUGUAAAGGACAUUUUUUCUUUAAGAUUAAUUACAUAAGGCAACUUGCACAAUAUUCCUAUGUCAGUCUUAUUUUAACAUAAGGACCACUACACAAGUGAGUUGGUUGGGUCCAUUAAAAGUCUUGAGUAAAAAUGCACUGUGUGUACAAGGACCACACGUGCAACUUCUGUGAUGACUUUUAAGUGCCCUUAAACUUUUAUGGUCUAUUGUACAUUUUAACCCCACAGAUAUUUCACAGAGACAAAGAUUUUUUUUUACCCACAUGGAGGCCUUCAGUGACUCUUCUGAAGUCUCCAUUAAAAUAAAACAUAUUGUGUUUUAGACUGGCAUGUUAUAGAUUUUUCUUUCACUGAUCUAGCGUAGUUAUGGUCAUAUGAAGUGCUGUUACAAGAUUUCCAUGUAUGUUAUGAGUUCACGCCUCUUACUAAAGACACAUUGUAUUGUAGAUUCUCUUAUCUAUGAAACUGUUAACAAAUGAAUGAUUGCCCAGGUUAAUAAAUUGCACUUAUAUCAGAUGUUUGAACUUGUCAGUUGGAUAUUUGUCAUGACCAAUUCUUCAGACUAUGAAUGUAUUUGAUAAACCCAUAAAGCUUACUUUUGAAGACCAAAGUUCCCUUGUGGCAGCUUGCAGUAAACAAUCAAAUACAAAAAUUCAAAUCUGCACAUGUAUGAUAUGCUUACAGCCUGUAACCCGAAGCUAUGCAAUAUGUAUGUAAAUGUCUCAUAUAAAUAAACAUGUUCAUUGAAAUGCCU